UUCGGUAUAUUUCUGAUUGUCGUUUUUAGCGUCGCGUUGAAAAUAAAUAAAUAAAUAAAAUAAUGCCGGAGGAUGCCCAGGAAUUGAGAAAAGCUAGGCGCUUCCUCAAAGAGCGCCUUCAGCGGGACUACACCACUCUGCGAGGCUACAAAGAGGAGCGCUCCAAUGUGCGCCAAUUGCUGCAGCGUACCGCGGAAAUGGGAGAAUCUAACUCCUUGCUGUUGAUUGGGCCGCGUGGCGCUGGAAAAACGACGCUCAUAAAUGCAGUGCUGACAGAUCUACUAGUCAACAGAUCGUUCGUGGACAACACGCUGAUAGUGCAUCUCGACGGGAAUCUGCAUACAGACGACCGCAUUGCCCUGAAGUCAAUUACGGUGCAGAUGCGGCUGGAGAAUGCAGCCGACGGCAAGGUCUUUGGUUCGUUCGCCGAGAAUUUGGCUUUCCUUUUGCAGUGCCUCAAGGCGGGAGACAAGAAAUCCAAGAGCGUUGUCUUUAUUCAGGAGGAAUUGCAUCUGUUCUGUACACAUCACAACCAAACGCUGCUGUACAACCUCUUUGAUGUCUCGCAGUCGGCCCAGGCACCGAUCUGUGUGCUGGGAGUGACCUGCCGCCUGGAUGUGAUCGAGCUGCUGGAGAAGCGCGUCAAGUCGCGGUUCUCGCACAGACAAGUGUUUCUGUUCCCCAGUGCCGACCAGUUUGAGGCGUACACAAAGCUCUGCCAAGAGCUCCUUUUGAUACCCAGCAACAGUGAGCUAAAGGCGAGUGCCGACCGCAUCGACAGCGGUCUGGUAGCGCAACUAAAGCCAGAUGCUCCCUACAUCACUGUCGACCAGCUGACGGUCCUGUCUGCCCAAUACGAGGGCGAUGACAAGAUCGACCUGCUCUGCGGCCUCUCUGUGCUGGAGCUGUGCCUCAUCAUAGCCAUCAAGCAUCAUUCGGAGAUCUACGAUCGGGAUCCUUUCAACUUUGAGAUUGUAUUCGCGCGCUUCUCCAAGUUUGCCAAGAUCUCAACCACAAUGCAGAGCGUAGAGCGUUCGAUUGUCCUGAAGGCGUUCGAACAUUUGCGAAUGGGGGAGCUGAUCAUGCCGCUCUCAAACAGCGGCGUGGGUAAGGUGCAGAAGGAGUUUGAAAUGCACAAAAUGGCCUUGACUUACGGCCAGAUUCAGCAGGCGGUUCAGCGGUACCAGGCCUUGCCGACGGAGGUGGCUCAAUGGGCGCAAAGCUCGCUUAUCUAGUAAGGGAUCUUUGUUGAUCCCACCAAUUCCUUAAUCUUUUAUCUUAUUUAUUUUUGUAAUAAUUAUAAUAAAUUAGGUUUUUAUAUU